AUGGCAAUCAGGCAAGUCUUCUCCGAGGAUUUAACUCUCUCUGCCUCUGUCCAGCACCCUCCUCACUUCCUCUACAUCAGCGACUUCUCCACCCCACUCGUCCAAAGCUCCAACCAUAAGAGACUCGGCAAAUGGCUCCACGCCACGCCAAAACACAUCUCCACUCUGUCCCAUAUCCCACUCACCCAACAGGGCUCCGCUCCUGUCCGCGCUCCUCCGAACCAUACGUCGGCAAGUUAUCCCCGGGCAUCCUCGCACGGCUCCAAUAAAGUCCAUAAGAACCGUCUCAGCUUCUCGUUAUCACCAACUGCAUCUCGAUCCAAAUCCCUAAGCCAACUCCUACCACCGUUGUCUCCUCGAGUACCUCUCUCCUACCUCUCGUUCCGACAACUUCUGCUGACAACUCUCAAAACUCCUCUCACACACACUUAUGAUUACCACUAUCCGGAAUCCAUGUCUCAUCACCGCUUUCUCCCCUACUCAAUCGCUACCACCAUACUCCAGGCAGGCUGUUUUCCACUACGGUCCAUACUCUCUUCACUCACUUCCAGCCCUCCCAAACUCACCUUCUUCCCCCUCCUCAUUCCUUGUUCUAUAAAUCUCGCGAUCGAGAACGCAUAUUGCCUCCCUCGCUACGGCCGCAUCCUUCUCCUCCUCCCGGAGAGCACUCUCAUCCACCGUCUCCCAGCAAUCUCUCAUCAUCUCAUCACUUCCUCACUCAUAUACGAGCCCGUCACAGAUCAGCCAACGUACACUCUCUCGUCCCGGGUGCCCGCCUCCACCAAAAGCCUCUGCUCCCGCCACCACGAUUCCUCACUUAUCAGUCCCCCAGGAGCAUGCCAAGCCCUCUCUCCCCUAAUCCCGCAGCUCCUCAUCACAACCAUCCUCCCAUUCCCUUCUCAGUAUUCAUCGUCUAGACACUUCCACAAAAACGCUUCUCGGUCCUCGGCUCUCCCACAUCUCCCACGGUCAUACUCCGCCUGGUUCACCAACCCAUCUUCGUGCGCCGCCCUCUCCCCUCCUCAUUUCUUCAGACCGACUCCUUCGCGUCAAUCCCCAUCACUUCCGUUCAUAAAUCACCUGUCAACAGCGGCGCAGGGAUUCACACAGCCGUUCUCCCAAACUCCAUCUCACCCACGAUAA